AUGCCGAAACAAAAAGCCCCCAAAGGCGCUGCUUCCGCAGGGGAGAUUACAGAUCCGCGAUUCUCGAACUUCACAACAGACCCUCGAUUCCGACUUCCUUCGAAAAAGAGCGCAAGAACGAAGCUCGAUAAACGGUUCUCGCGCAUGCUGAAGGAUGAUGACUUUUCCAAGACUGCGAAGGUUGAUCGGUACGGCAGAAAGUUGAACAGCGAUUCGAAAAAGAAGGCAUUGGAGAGAUUGUAUGUCCCAGAAGAUGAGGAAGACGAGGAAGAGGCAGAUAUCGAGGUUGAGGACGAUGAUGUAGUGGAGAAGGAAUUGGCACGCGCUGAGGGAUAUGAUCCUGCUAGAGGUGGUGGAUUCUCUUCUUCUGAAGAUGAGGAUGAGGAAGAUGGAGGUGUGGAAAUUGAAGAGGUGGAGGAGGAAUUUCCUGAUAUGCAAGCCGAAUCUGUAGCUGUGGAAAUGGGCGAAAUCACCCCGCGAUUUGCUGUUGUAAAUCUGGAUUGGGACAAUAUUCGUUCUGUGGAUUUGAUGGCUGUCUUUGAGAGUUUUCUCCGACCUGGUGGGAAGAUCCAUAAGAUUUCUAUAUACCCGAGUGAGUUUGGAAAGGAGAGAAUGGAUAGAGAAGAGCUGGAAGGUCCACCGAAAGAGAUAUUUGCCAAGCCUGUUGAGGAGGAGGAACCUGAAGAAGACAGCGAAGACGAUGAAGAAGUCGAAGAGAAAAUCAAGAAGGACUUGCAGAAAGCGGAUGAGGGCAAGGAAUUCGAUGGGGCAGCAUUACGGCAAUACCAAUUGGAACGAUUACGAUAUUACUACGCUGUGGUCGAAUGCUCGGACAAUGAUACUGCGCAGAAGAUAUACGAAGCCACAGAUGGCACAGAAUACCUCUCUUCUGCAAACUUCUUCGAUCUGCGAUUCAUUCCUGACGGUGUCGAAUUCGAUGACAAGCCGAGAGACGAAUGUGGUAGUGUUCCUGGAGGCUACAGACCUACAGAGUUCGUUACGGAUGCUUUACAACACUCGAAAGUCAAGCUCACAUGGGACACGAAUCCGGAAGAGGCUGUACGGAAAGAUGCAAUCAAGCGGGCGUUCAGUGGAAGUCGAGCAGAGAUUGGAGAGAACGAUCUACGGGCGUACUUGGGCAGUGAUUCGGAAGAAGAUGAAGAGGACGAGGCCGCUGAAGCAGAUGCACCAACAUUAUCGAAGAAGGAGCUGGCUAGGCAGAAGAUGCGAGCAGCAUUAGGACUUGCAGACGAACCCGUCAAGCCAUCGAAGAAGUCAGGUCCUGUUGGGGAUAUGGAAGUCACAUUCACGGCUGGUCUGUCUUCAAAGGAGAAGGGCAGUGUAUUUGAGAACGAGCCUAUUGUGGAGACUACUGCUGAACGAUACGUUCGGCUCGAGAGGGAGAGGAAAGCACGGAGAAAAGAGAAAGCCAAGGCAAAGCGUGAAGGUCGGGAUCCAGAUGCUGAGGUUGAGGAGGCGGCUGAGGAUAAGGACCUUGGUUUUGACGAUCCAUUCUUUGCUACAGAUGAGGCUGUGAAGGAGAAAGCUUCCAAAUCUCAACGCAAAGAAGAUCGCCUCAAGAAGCGUGCAGCAAAGGCAGCUGAAGCUGCAGAGAAAGCGUCGAAUCGUGCUGAGCUCGAGCUCCUGAUGGCAGACAAUGGGACUGAGCCAGCAGCAAAUCUCGACCAUUUCGAUAUCAACGAGAUUGCUCGAGCCGAAAAGGCCAAGAAGAAAAAAGGCAAGAAGUCGAAGGAGAUCGAGACAGGCAAGAGAGGUGGUCUUCAAGAAGGAUUCGAGAUGGAUGUGGGUGAUAGCCGGUUCAGUAAACUGUUUGAGAGUCAUGAGUUUGCAAUUGAUCCAAGUAAUCCGAAGUUCAAGGGUACUGAAGGGAUGAAGAAGCUUCUUGAGGAGGGUCGGAAGAAGAGGGGCGUUGAGGGCGAGGUUGAACCUGUCGAGAAGAGGAGUAAGAAGCGGAAGGAUACAGAGCAUGUGUCAAAUUUUGAUUGUCCGUCCUGA